AUGGUAAUCUUGUUGAGUUUUUGUCACAUUUCAUUUGGCCCGAAAUAUUCAAGUGCAGACACCUUUGAUGUAACGGCGUAUGGUGCCAUAGGAGAUGGAGAUACCGAUGAUACUGAUGCUUUUGUUAGAGCAUGGGCGGAUGUAUGUGGAGAUAACUCAGGAGACCCGACGUUGGUCAUACCACCAGACAGAACUUUUUUGUUAAAAUGUGUGGCAUUUUCUGGUCCUUGCAACUCUGAUAGUAUUCUUAUUCAGCUUUUGGGCGGAAUUACAGCACCCAAGAGUCUGGAUGGAUGGCAAGGUUGUGAUACCGCCAAAGGGUCUUUGAUAAGUUUUGCAUCUGUUCAAGGACUCACCAUCGCUGGACCUGGCCAAAUAGAUGGCCAGGGUUCCCUUUGGUGGCCUGGAAGUGAAGGAAACUAUACGCUUACGGGUCCAACUUGUGAUUGUCCGUCGAUGUUACAUUUUCAUAAAUGUGAUGGUCUCCAAUUAAGAGAUACAACAUAUAUCAACAGUCCAAGGAGCCAUAUUAGUAUCAAUGUUUGUGAUGGAGUAGAAGUUGGAAACGUUCAUAUUUCUGCGCCUGAAAACAGCCCAAAUACUGAUGGAUUUGAUAUUAGCGAGUCUUCUAACAUUAAUAUCUACGACUCUGUAAUUGAAAGUGGUGACGAUUGUUUUGCUAUUAAUACUGGCACACAUAAUAUCAACAUUACAGGAGUCUUGUGUGGACCUGGGCACGGCAUAAGCAUUGGGAGUCUUGGAAAGAAUGGUGGUUAUGCAACAGUGGAACAGGUUUUGGUACAGAAUUGUAAUCUCACUGGAACCAAAAAUGGAGUACGAAUCAAGACAUUCCCGGGUGGAACGGGGUAUGCUAGGGGGAUUAUAUUUCAAGACAUUCAACUUGAUAAUGUUAAAAAUCCGAUUAUAAUUGAUCAACACUACUGCGAUAAUAUGGAAAAUGCCGAAUGCCCUGCACCAGGUGUCUUGAUGGUGAUCAUGUUGUGUUUUUGUUACAUUUCAUUUCUCCAAAAAGUCACAAGUGCGGCCUCAUUUGAUGUAACGUCUUAUGGUGCAAUAGGAGAUGGGAAUACAGAUGACACCAAUGCUUUUGUACGGGCUUGGGCAGAUAUGUGUGGCGAUGAGUCAAAAGACCCGACAUUGAUCGUACCUUCAGCCAAAACAUUUUUAAUAAAAUGUGUGUCGUUUGAUGGUCCAUGCAAGUCUCCCAGAGUUCAUGUAAAGCUUUUGGGUAACAUUACCGCCCCCAAGAGGCUAGAUGGAUGGGAAGGUUGCGAAACAAAAGGGUAUUUGAUAGUUUUUGCAUCGGUCCACGGGCUCACCAUCACUGGACCUGGCCAAAUAGAUGGUCAGGGUUCCAUCUGGUGGGGAGGAUUACAGCCAACAGGUCCAACUUGUGAUUGCCCGUCGAUGUUACGCUUUGAUAGAUGUGACAACCUUCAACUCAAAGGUACAACACACAUAAAUAGUCCAAAGAGUCAUGUUAGCAUUUUUGGUUGUCAUGGUGUGGAAGUGGGAAAUCUUCAUAUCUCAGCACCCGGAAAUAGCCCAAAUACUGAUGGAAUCGACAUCAGUUGGUCAUCUCAUGUUCAUAUCCACGACUCUACGAUUCAAAGCGGUGAUGAUUGUGUGGCAAUUAGUGGUGGAACUUAUGAUAUCAAUGUAACGAGGGUCGUUUGUGGACCUGGUCAUGGCAUAAGCAUCGGAAGCCUUGGGAAGAACGGUGGUUAUACGACAGUGGAACAAGUACUAGUACAACACUGUAACAUCACUGGAACACAAAAUGGAUUGCGAAUUAAAACAGUACCGUAUGGAACGGGGUUCGCUAGGAAGAUUGUAUUUCAAGACAUUAUGUUGGAAAAUGUUGGAAAUCCAAUAAUAAUUGAUCAACAUUACUGCACUAAUAUGGACAAUGCUGAUUGUCCUGCACCACCGACCGCACCAGCAGUGCAAGUGAGUGAGGUAACGUAUAAGAAUGUACAUGGAUCGUCGACAUCAAAUCAAGCGAUUACAUUAAAUUGCAGCGGGAAAUUCAACUGUACUGGAGUCGUAACCAACAAAGUUAGAAUCACCGGAGAACAAGUAUUUUCGUAUUGCAAAAAUGUUCAUGGAAAGUUUAUUCAAACCACACCUUCUAUUACUUGUGAUUAG